AUGAAUUCAUCGUCUUUUAUUAUUACUCGUGUUCAUUUUUCAAUUGGUCUUCUUAUUUUAUCGAGUUUAUUUUUCUCUCAAUUUCCUCGACCUGUUCAAGCAAUUGCUCUUAGUCAUCUAUGUGGUCAAUUUGGACAUUCAUGUUUUGGAGGCAAUUGGGGUAAACGUACAGUACCAGAUGAUUUAUCACAACAAUAUGUUGUAUGGAAAACGAAUGUAAAUGAUGAUGAAUCUGGCAAUAGUCCUGUAACCGAUCGUAAUUAUAUUUUAGAAGGACUUCGAUCGGAGUUAUUUCGGCAGCGAUUACGACAAUUAUUAGAAUUGGAAUAA